CACAAUCUUAUCAGCAGUCCAAAGUGAAAUCUCAAUCCUCAAUCAUUCUCAAUUAGAUUGAGUAAAUGAGUCUGAAUUUUUGUGUUUUUAAGGUCUUUUUCGUGGGUUUAAUUCUUGCCGAUUUACAUAUUUCGUGAUAGUUAGUAUUAUAAAUUAAGUGGGUUAAGUUUUGAUCAGGGUCGAAAACUUUUCCUGAUGGCUUUCGUGCGAAUUAAAAGGCGACGGGAUGAAAACCCUGCGGAAGCUCUUCUCAUCGCUACUAAAAGACUAAAGACUUCAAAAGAAGAAGACAAAGCGUCAAUUUUUGAAUUCACGGCCACCCUAGACUGUGAUGAAGAAGAGGUCAUAUCUUAUUUGAACAAAGCUCGCAAAUUAGAGUCUGUCAAAUCGAGUUUCAAGAAGAGAAGUAAACCCAACGUAACUGAGGAUUUUAUCAAAGAACAUGAAACGAAAGUAAAAGACAACAGACUUCAGGUUAUCAAUUGUUUUCGAGCUUUACAGGAUAAUAAGAAUGAAAAACCUGUAACAGUGGUAGAUGUUGUAUCAGACUCAUCUAAAGAGACUGAAAACACUAAUUAUGUGUAUGAUAUUUAUCAACAAACGAACAAUGAAGAUGUUGAUGAUAUGCUAAUGGAACGAAUGUACAGUGUUUUUGCAAUAGACUUAUGUGGAGAGAAUGAUGAUGAGGAUGGCUCGGAGGAAUUUUUCGACUGUUCUGAUGACUCAAAUGACGAGAAUAACUGGCGAAACGACUACCCAGAUGAGGAAUCAACUUCAUCGGAAGCCAGUAGUGAUGGUUAUAAAGAAGAUCAUAGUAUUAAUGAAGAGGAUAUGGUUCGAGCCAUGAAUAACAUGGAUUUUUACGACUUAUCAUCAGAUGAUGAAGAAGAAAAAGAAUCUGCUUCUGAUUAUUGUGAUACAACCUCUGAUCAUUCAGAUUUAUCGCUGGAAGAAUUUGACGAUCCAGUUGGUUCUGAUGACUUUUAAUUUUGAUUAAUCCAAGAUCAGAAUUCCAUUGUACAUAUUAAUAAGCCCUCCUAAGCCAUGUUAAAUUGUGUUCUCACAGUUCAUUAGAUAGCUAUUUUUUUCUUCUUUUUUUUUCAAGUAAAUUUAAGAGAAAUAUAAAAUCCCUCAUAAGAGGAAGAGGUACAAAUGCUUUCGGACUUCUUCACAGACCAGUGAGGUAUUCCUCCGAAAAAGAAGGACAGAACCAGGCAGAAUGCCAUCACAGGUUUCUUUAUCACUUAACAUCAUAAGGUGCGAUAAUUUUUGCACUUAGUUAUGUCAUGGUAAUACUCUUUACAUAUUCUGGAUAAAUACUCUGUCUGGCAGACAUGAGAUCCAUUGUAGUCAGUAAAAUGUGAAGCCAACUUUAUGUUAAAAUAAAUAACUCUAUAACUCA